UAGUGCACUACCACACCCCAUCCCCCGUGCCUCCCUCAGUCCCUCUCCCCACGUCGUACUGCAAACCGCCGCGCCGGCUAUAUAGGCAGCCGCGGCGGCACACUCCGACGGACGCACAGCGCAGCGCACACGCGGCGACAGAGCAGCACGACGCGCGAGGCCGCCAUGGACAUGGGCGGCGGGCACGACAUGGGCGGCAUGAUGGCCCCGCCGCCGUCCCCGCCGGGCGGCGGCGGCGGCGGCGGCGGCGGCAUGCCCGGGAUGCGGAUGCGGUACACCCACAUGACCUUCUUCUGGGGGAGGAAGUCGGAGAUCCUCUUCGUGGGGUGGCCCGGCGCCGACGGCGGCAUGUACGCGCUGGCGCUCGUGGCCGUCUUCGCGCUUGCGUUCGUCCUCGAGUUCCUGGGCUCCCGCAGGCUGGACGCGCUCCUCCCGCGCGCGGCGGCGGGGGCGGCGCGCGCGGCGGUGCACACGCUGCGCGUGGGCGCGGCGUACCUGCUCAUGCUCGCGAUCAUGUCGUUCAACGGCGGCGUGCUCCUCGUCGCCGUCGCGGGGCACGCGGCGGGGUUCCUGGCGUUCAAGGCCGGCCGAUUCGGCGACGGGCGGGCGCAGGUGGAGCACGGGCGCGGCAAGGAGGAGCUCGAGCCGGCGGCGUGCGCAUGACAGGCUUCGCUGCGACGAUGGCGCCAACGAUGGUCGACGCGUUUGUUUGUCUGGCGUUGUUUGUGCGUUUUCGAUUCGUUUGUGCCGUGCCGCUGCCAAUUGUCUGAAUCCAUGUUGGUGUUUGGCUGAAUCAUGAUGGUGAUUGGGAGCUGUAGCCCCUGAAUCUGCGCUGUGAGGUAGCUGUGAAUCUUUUGGCUGUAUCUCGUUCACACGCCAUAAGUAGGUGACUUAAGAGAAAUUCCUGUGAUGAGGUAGCUGUGAAUCUCUUGACUGUAUCUUGUUCACACGCCAUAAGUAGGUGACUUAAGAGAAAUUCCUGUGAUGAGGUAGAUGUGAAUCUCUUGGCUGUAUCUUGUUCACACGCCAUACUCGAUUCAUGGACUCAUGGUGUGGCAGUUGGUUGUAUGGUAUCUUCUGAAUCCAUACCAUUCAUGGCU